AUGGCGGCGAGGGUGCGGUUCGGGCUCCUGGUGUCGAUGUUCCAGGCCAUGUCGCAGGACCGCACGGCGACCAAGAAGCGGGGCCGCCUCCGCGCGUUCCUCGACGUCGUCUACGGGGAGAGCGCCAAGGACGACUACUUCAGCGCGCUCCGCCUCAUCAUCCCCGGGCUCGACCGCGAGCGCACCUCCUACGGGCUCAAGGAGGCGGCCCUCGCCGCCGUCCUGGUCGACGCGCUCGGGAUCGCCAAGGACUCCCCCGACGCUCUCCGCCUCAUCAACUGGCGCCGUGGGGGCGGCGGCCGCAACGCCGGCAACUUCGCCCUCGUCGCCGCUGAGGUACUGCAGCGGAGGCAAGGAAUGACUUCUGGUGGGUUGACGAUAAAGGAGGUUAACGACGCACUCGAUCGUCUGUCAGCAAGUGACAAUAGGUCUGAGAAGGCUUUGAUUCUUUCAAGUCUGAUCAAGAAAACCACUGCCCUUGAAAUGAAGUGGCUUCUAAUGAUUAUUCUUAAAGAUUUAAAAGUGGGGAUCAGUGAGAAGGGUGUAUUCCAUGAGUUUCAUCCCGAUGCCGAAGACCUGUUCAAUGUCACUUGUGACUUAAAGUUGGUCUGUGAAAAGCUCAAUGAUCGGAGUCAAAGGCACAAACGUCAGGAUAUAGAAGUCGGAAAGGCCGUGAGGCCUCAGCUAGCUCUGAGAGUCAGUAACGCUUCAUCUGCUUGGAAGAAGCUUCAUGGCAAACCAGUGGUUGCUGAGUGCAAAUUUGAUGGCGAGCGUAUCCAAAUUCACAAAAAUGGGGACGAUAUUCAUUUCUUCUCACGGACCUUUUUUGAUCAUUCUGAAUAUGCACCCGCGAUGUCCAAAUUUAUUAAGGAGAAUAUCUUGGCUGAAAGGUGUAUUUUGGAUGGAGAGCUGCUUGUGUGGGACACUGUGCUUAAUCGGUUUGACGAAUUUGGCUCAAACCAGGAAAUAGCAAAGGCUGAAAGUGAGGGGCUGAAGACUGAUCGACAGUUGUGCUAUAUUGCUUUUGACAUUCUUUAUGCUGGAGAGGGUAGUUUUAUCCACCUGAGUUUGACAGAGCGGCAUGAAAUGUUGCGGAAGUUUGUUAAACCCUUAAAGGGUCGUGUUGAGAUUUUGGUCCCAGCAGGUGGUCUGAACAUCCAUCGUACCCCAGAUGAACCAUGCUGGUCCAUUUUUGCACCCAAUAUUGAAGAUAUUGAGAAAUUCUUCAAGGAGACUGUUGAAAACAGAGAUGAGGGAAUUGUACUAAAGGACCUUGACUCCAAAUGGGAACCUGGUGAUCGAAAUGGAAAGUGGCUUAAAUUAAAGCCUGAUUAUAUAAAUGCUGGUGCUGAUCUGGAUGUUAUUAUUAUAGGUGGAUAUUAUGGAUCAGGGCGUCGAGGGGGAGAGGUUGCACAGUUUUUAGUUGGUCUUGCAGUGCCUUCAGAUGAUAAUAGUUACCCCAAAAGAUUCCUUUCUUUUUGUCGAGUCGGUACUGGUCUCUCCGAUGAAGAACUUGCCACUCUAGUCGCGAAACUGAAGCCCCACUUCAGAAAAAAUGAGUACCCCAAAAAACCACCCAGAUUUUAUGAAGUAACAAACAAUUCGAAGGAGCGGCCAGAUGUUUGGAUAGAAAGCCCUGAUAAGUCAGUCAUAAUAUCUAUAACAAGUGAUAUUCGAACAAUCAAAUCUGAGGUAUUUGCUGCCCCAUACUGCUUGAGGUUCCCCCGCAUUCAACGAGUGAGAUAUGAUAAGCCAUGGCACGAGUGCCUUGAUGUGCAGUCAUUUGCGGAGAUUGUGCAUUCAAGUAAUGGGACAAUGCACAAGGCAGAAGAUGCUAAGAGUCUGAAAAAUGACAACUUAAAGAACUCAAAAACAAACAAAAGGAGAGAGAAGAAGAAUGUAUCAAUCAUCCCUGCACAUCUUAUGAAGACUGAUGUAUCAGGCUUAAAGGGAGAAACCCUGAUAUUUGCAAACACGAUGUUCUAUUUUGUCAACACCCCUCCAUCAUAUAACCUCGACUAUUUCCAUAAACUGGUUGUGGAGAACGGAGGAUCUUUCUCAAUGAAUCUUAAUGACUCAGUUACUCACUGUAUAGCAGCGGAGAAGAAAGGUAUCAAAUAUAAGGCAGCCAUACGCCACGGAAGGAUCAUCCAUCAUUCAUGGAUCUUGGACUGUUCCAAGCAAAAAUGUCUUCUUCGUUUGCAACCCAAGUAUAUCCUCUUUCUUGCAGAUUUUGCCAGGCACAAAUUUCCUGAAGAGAUCGACUCGUACGCUGACUUUUACUACUGGGACAUCGACGUUGCUGACCUCAAGCAGAUUUUCAGCAACAUCGACAAAGUUCCUGUCGAUCCAAGCAUGGUACAUCGGUACAAAAAGAAGUACUAUGCAGAUGAAAGAUUCUGCUUCUUCCAGGGUUGCUGCAUUUACUUCUAUCAUGCACCUUUAGUUAAUGAGGACUACAAUGUAAUAUCUGAUCUUGCACUGAAGAGGGUGAAGCAGGACCUUACCAUGCAUGGUGGUCAGUUUUGCAGCAGCCUUGCUCCUGCAACCCAUUUGGUUAUAGUUUCAGUUCUUCAGGUGUACAAUUUUGACAUAGUGUACAAGAGCUUCCCUCCAGCUGAGAGACGUUACCUACAUGACAAAAGAUUGCAUGUAGUCACUAAUAAGUGGUUAGAAGAUUCAGUGGAUAAACAACUGAAGCUUCCUGAAACAGCCUACAACCUUAAACCAGAUACAUUAGAAGAAGUACAUAUCGAAAGGAGUGAGGAGAAUAUCCAGCCCUCUAAUGACAAGCACGUGGAAGACGUGGAGGUUGAACCAUCUCAUGCUAAAAAUGUAAGGAAAAGGGGCAGGCCGGCCAGCAGUAGUUCAAGAACUGUACGGGCUGCUCCUAAGCCAGUCCGAAGAACAAAGGCUAGAAGAGGAAAUAAGCAUGCAAAGAUAGAUGAUAUUGAAUCUGAAGAAAGUGGCCCUGGUGAAACAGGCCAGGAUGAUCUAAAGUCAAACACAGAUGACAUCUCUAAGAUGGAAGAAGAUAGCAGCGACAAAGAUCAUAGACCACCUCGAGCUGCUCCUAGACCAGUUCGAAGAACAAAUGCUAGAAGAGGAAAUCGGCGUGCGAAAGUAGAUUAUCAUGAAUCUGAAGAAAGUGAACCUGGUGAAGGUCAAGAAGAUCAAAACAUGGACACGAAGGAAGAUAACCUGGACAAAGACCUAGGACCACCUCCAGGUGCCCAGUUCAUCGCAUUGGAUGAGGAAAAGCCCAAAGUUGUCAAAUUGACUGCCGCGGAGGAGACAGCAAGCAGUCCAAAAUACGAAAGCAAGGGAACUUCUGAAAUAACAAACACUGUUGAAGGAACAAGCAUGAGAGGAGAGAAGAUAGAACAGAUGGUUGAUCCUUUGCACGCAAUGCUUCUUGACAUGUUACCAUCACUUAGGAACAUACAGGGAGAACAUGCGAGCAGCGCUCCACCAGCCAAAGUUGAGAUCGAUCCACCACGGGUGGGAAGUUCGACAACAAAUUACAGGGCACCGGUGCCUGAGACAGGAAGCUCUGCAUCAAACUCUGCGGCUCCAGUACCGCAGACAGGAAGUUCCACACACGGCACCAACAUUCCAGCUCCAGCUCCAGAUGGUGCUGCUCCAAAGAAGAAAAAGGUGAGCUACAAAGAUAUGGCUGGUGAGCUUCUGAAAGAUUGGUGAGAGCGCUCUACCACUUUGUGGUCUGGGUAAUCUGUACGCCGCAUGUCUUUGGCCAUGUUCAUUGUCCUGUAAAUAUGACGAAUGCUUGCAAGAAUUGACCCUGUCCGUUAGCAUCGCCCUAGUUUUCUUGUUUUGCGCGGU